UCAGUAGAGACAAGACAAUUUUUUUUUUUUGGAAGAAAAAAGGAAUCUGUAGUAUUACAAGAAGGUUGAAGAAGAGCAACAGAGAGAGAGAGAGAGAGAGGUUGUAAUAGCAGAAAUUAAUAAUAGAAGAUGAAUUGUGAAAUUAAUACAACACAGGAGAUGAUGGCAAUGAUCAAGUGAAUUGUGGUGGCUUUGAGAGGGGAAAUGGAUAGCAGCAGCAACAACAACAACAACAAUAAUAAGAGCAAGGGGAGCAGGCAAAGGAGAAGGAGCCGAUUUGGGAAGCCAUUGAUAGUGCUGAUCAGUGGUACGUUGGUGUACUACCACUGCGCCUACAGGAAAGCCAGCCUUCUCUCCUUAGUCUCCGACGUCCUCAUCGUCCUCAUCUGCUCCCUCGCCAUUCUCGGCCUUCUCUUCCGCCAAUUGAACAUCUCGGUGCCCGUGGAUCCACUUGAGUGGCAGAUUUCUCAGGACACUGCUAAUAGCAUUGUUGCGUGGUUAGCUAACACUAUUGGGGCUGCUGAGUCUGUUUUGAGGGUUGCUGCCACGGGGCAUGACAAGAGGCUGUUUUUCAAGGUGGUGGUUUGUCUUUACAUACUAUCAGCUUUGGGACGAUUAGUUUCUGGUGUUACAGUUGCCUAUGCUGGACUCUGCUUGUUUUGUGUUUACAUGUUGACGGAGAACUUUCAAUCAACCAGCACAUGUGUGUCUCAGUUUCUGAGGGGAAGAAAUGGCACUACUCCAGAGCAGGAGAUAAUGUAGACUACACGUUUUUGUAAUUCAUAAUGAAUGUUCACCGUUUUCUUCCUACUAUUUUGGUCACCCUCUUGAUCGAGUUACAAGUAGAGAGCAUGGUUAAGAUAGCCUUCAAAUUUAGAUAACUGUGAACAACAUAUACGAAUUCUCUGGCGUGGGGGAGAAUAUGUCCUUGCUUACCAACCCCGAAAGUGCUGCAACCCAACCUCGUAUCUUUUUGUUCCAAACGACGGUAAUAAAACUUUUUUCUAGUGCC